UCUGCUUCCUGUCUUGCCAUGCCAUCCGCCCACAGCACAUAUUCCACUCUCUACAGCCCUCAUCAGAUGCCAGACCAAAGAGGUCACUUUGUCUUGGAUUGUGGACCUGGAAAAAAAUUCCAGACUUCUGAAGUAGAUUCAUCUGAGCCAUAUACAGUGGUCCCAGACUGUGGUCAGGCAUCAAAAAUAUAUCGAACACAGCAGGAAGAUCACUGUGUUCAACCUUUUGAGAUGCUUUUACCUCAGGAAGAGGAACAACCGCAUACUUCUACCACCUGUCAUCUCUGUUUUCAUGUUCAUUUAGCCAAUGAGCCCUGUACACUUGUGACACAUAAGAGCAAAGAACAGAUCAUGAAAGUUUACUACAUGCGUGUUCAAAGGGAAGAAUUGAUGGAUGUCAUACGUCAUAUGGAGGAAACAUUGGUGUUGUCCAGGGAGAAUUCAGAAGUAGAAGAACUGACCUUUCCUGGGGAGGUCCCUUCAGAAAUCAAAUUCACUUCUGUGCCUACAGAGGAGCUCCUAACUGAGAGUAAUUCCAGCUUGGACACAGAAGCCCAAGAGGAGGAUUUGGAGGUUGACAACCAAACAGAGCCUCCAGCCCUGGAGGACAGACCCAGGGAGAAGAUAUCUGAGUGGCUGGUAUACCCAGAAGGUGGCUUUAAAUGCAUGGCCUGCUGCCGAGUCUUCCCCAGCCUGGAGGUCCUGAAGGAGCAUGUGCAGCAUGGGGUCAGGGAAGGCUUUAGCUGCUACAAUUUUCAUCUUGCUUAUGCCUCGAUGAAGUCCAAAGAUCAUAGAAGAGCAGAUGAAGAGGAAGAGAAAGAAGAAAAUUGAGUAAAUCACAUCUGGGUCUAAUAAGGAAAAGCUUUUUUUUCUUUUUCUUUUUUUCUUUAGAAACUUGUGCUUAGUUUCCAUAACUUUAUUUUCAUUUUGCUUUAGAUAUUAUGAAGAGCAGCCUAAGACAACUCAGUGGUUUUUCCUACCAAUUCAGGGACUGAUUAGUCUGGAGCUGCAGAUCAGUCUUCAGUGGUGGGCUAAGUGCAACCGUCUUCAGAAGGGAACUGCUGAGUAGGCAUAAGAGACACCUGCAUGCCUUCAGAUGAGUGUGCAUCCUCAGGCUGAAUAGUGGUAGCAGUAGCUGGCAUAGCCCAUUGACCCUGAAACUCCUCUUCAGUCACAACUUUUUCAGUAGCAACCUGCUGUUCCUUUUCAAUCUUCAGGAUUUCUAUGGAAGUAGAGACCAGGCAUGACCUCCCAUGUGUGUUCACAGAAGAUGCUACCACGGUUGAACAGAGCUUUCUAGGCUAGCAGCCAUGAUAUCAGGACCAACUUAGUUCCCUUGUUGUUGCAUGGGAUGGUAAUGUCCACAUAGCACAGAGGAGAGGCUGUGUUACACAGAACAAUGGUAGGCAAAUUCAUGUAAGAUGCCCCUGUGAGAGGCUGGUGGACAUCUCUGGGAUCAGUAAGACCAGAAGACAUGGAUCUGGUUAGUGAACAUUCUCGUAGCUCUGGUGGCAGCAGAAAACUUCAGCACAGUCCUCUGGCCAAUGUUUCUGGAGGAUGUGACACUGACAUGAGCAGGAGUUCGAAUGUCAACAAUGGCAUGAGUCACCAACAGAAACUUCUCCCAGGUCCUCUAAGACUGAUGAUGUAGAUGCCAUGACUUUUCCUUUUGUAGAUGUCCUGCUCCACGUGAAAGUCAACUUUGAUGCCACCUAGGUGGGUUUAUUCUGCAAGGUAUUUGAAGGCAUCAAGGGCUUUGGACAUUGUCAUAGCAUCCCUUUAAGUUACUAUGGGAAUAAAGAACAAUACUUUCUGAACCACUUGCUCGGUAGUGUGGAAAGGAAGAAAAAAAUUUUAAAAAGAUUUAUUUAUUUAUUUGAAAGCCAGCAUGACACAGAGAAAAUCAGAGACAGAGAGAACUAGAUCUUCCAUUCACUGGGUCAUUCCCUAAAUGGCCAAAACAACUGGGGCUGGGACAAGCUAACACAGGAACAAGGAAUGCCAUCAGGAUCUCCAACACUGGGUCAGAGGCCCAAGUACUUGGGCCAUCCUCUGCUGCCUUUCCAGGUACAUUAGCAGGAAGCUGUAUCAGAAGCAGAGCAACUGGGAUUUGAAUUGGUGUUCUGAAAUGCGAUGCUAGUGUUAUAGGUGGAGGCUUAAUCUGCUGUGCCAUAAUGUUGGCCUCAAGAAAAAUAUUUUUGCAUGAAGAAAAGUUGGAAUCAAAUAGACAAACCAUUUCCAGAUCCUGAAAAGGAGAAAGAGCAGCAGCCCUACUCUACUGAGGCAACUCCAUCCUCUCUAGACAGCCAGAGGACUGGUCUUGAUUGCACACACCUGGCAUCCAAUGACCAAGAGGAUCAGGGAACCCUUUGAUGGCAUCCACCACUCCUCUCAGAAAGACAGAGAAGAAGACAGACCCUACAAUGCAGAUCAUAUGUCCUCAGACACACUAGCAAUCAAUAUCCACGUCACCUCCACCUCUCCAGUUGAGAGAAUCAGACCCAUUCCCCGCAAGUUCAAUCUGCUGUGAGCUAGAAGUGAGGUCAGGAACAGGAAAGUUCACCAGUGAUGCAUUCCAGAGCUCACAGCCACUGUGGUGAAGGUUUUCCUUUUGAAAGACAUCUGCAUGGAUGACAACACAAGGAGAAUAUGUCUUAUCCAUAGCAAAGACUGUUCUAGAGCUCAGCGGAACAGAUUGGGCUCCCCAGUCCCAGAAAAACCAGGUGUCAUAAGACUCGCAACCCAUCUAGGCAUGGUCUUUGGCCUGACUUCUUUCCUAAAGGAGCAGGACAAGGGAGAGAGAGGCUUAAGUCCCUGAGGAAAGGUGGAUGUGCAGGCUAAUUCUGGGCCUGUCUUUUCCCUGAAUGUAAGAUCUUGAGCUCUGUUUUGUGACUUUUAUGCCUGGGAGGAAAUGGAUGAGAAACUUCAACCACUCCAAGACCCACAUAAUGUGGAAUCUCUUUCCUUUUGUCUUGUUGGAGAGAUUUUCCAUGAUAUAUACCAGGAAUGAGGGGUGAAGGCUCUUUACUCAAAGAUAUCCAGUGUAAUUAGAGGUCAGGAGGUCACUUUUGCCAUGCAUCAUUGCUGACUGCUUCCUGGAGGUCACUUGAAUCCUUUUAUGAAUCUUCAGAAUCCUCAAAUAGUCUUUUUGUUGUAAGUAGUGAGCAGAGAGGAGUGAAGCAUGGACAAAACUGCAAAGACUUUGCAAAGCUAGAUUGAUGCCACAAUAAAUGAGGCCAUAUGGAUGGCUCACGGUCCAUACUCUGAAAAUCAAUGACAGAAUGGGAUCUGGGAAGUGUCCUGAGUUUACAAGAUCACAUAGGAAAUUCUGAGAGUGGCUGACUCCUUGUCAGUACAGUAAGAAAAGCUCCUCAUCAAAUUGAUUAUCUUCUGUUUUGGUUUACUCAUAGCCACAUAGGCCCAGUGGCCUGGAAUGAAGAUGACCCCUGCACUGUAAUCUCUCCUCAUGGUCUUCACGGUGUCAAGCCAAGGCUGGUCUACAGAUAGAUGUAGCAGAUCCUCUGCCGCUGCUCCAAAGUCCCUUUGUGAAACUGUGGUGCUAACCCUGAAGAAAAUAUCCAGAGUCAUGAGGAGCCCAAGGGACCCCGGACACACUGCCUCCUGAGGAGGCAUCUUCCUGCAGCUGCCAAUCUGCUCAGGAGGCCAGGGCACACUGAAAACAGCUCUAGGAUUGCCUUGCGAAAAAGAGGACGGUGUAGUAGAGAGAUGCUUUGGGACUAUGGGAAGAAAAUUUACAUCUGCAGCGCUAUCAGCUUGAGCAGAAGACGGAUGACAACUUGGCAGAUUUAGGAAGGGGGUUGCCCAAUUGACAGAAGACUUAGGGUAUUCUUGCUUUUCUUUCCACUAGUCCUCCACCUUCCCAAGAUCAUGCCUUUCAUUUCUUGUACACUUGAGCACCUGUCUCGUAAUCUCAUGCCUCAUACCGGAUGCUACCCUUCCCUGCACUCACCGUUAUAACUUCCCCUUCUCCUCUCACCCACAUAGUCUUUGAAUAUGUGCUUGAUGCACAAAGUAAAACAAUAAAGAACUUAAAUGGCAUAAAUUAUAAUCUCCCUUCUUUCCUUCACUCACCCCCACUUGUUCCCUCACUGUUCUUUAACAGCCAUAUGAUAUGUGUUUUUGCAUCGUUUUCUAUAAAUGAGCAUGGACCUUUUCUCACAGUCCCCCUAACUUCCUGAUCUGCACAUUAUCUGGCUGGGGGACAGAAUUAUUACUGGAAGAAGGAAAUCAGGUACUUCACAGAUGAAAACAAAAGCAACUAAAAGCUAUUCCUUGUCUCCUCUGGGCUUGUGUACUUGUAGGUGAACAAACACUUCUACAAUCAUAAUAGGAAGGAUGGAUAUGUCAUAAAUCAUCUGAGACAAUCAAAUCUGUGUCCAUACAGGUGUCUCCCACACCAUAAUGCCAUUUGAGUCUUAAUGCCUUUAGAAGUAUAAGAGCUAAAAACUUUCAGAGAGUUUCAUUUGCACGUUUAGCUAUUUGCAUGUCAUUUAUACUUACUUAGCUUUGUGCACUCUCAAAAAAUUCUAAAUUUUAUUUCUUAUUCUUUGCCUUCUAACAGAGUGACAUUUACAAGAAAAUUAAAAUUUAGCACAAAGCUUUAUAUUGGAAGGGAAAUUAGAAUAGCUCAGCUUUCAAGUUAUACUUUUUGUAAGUUCUAACUUUUAUUGAAACUUAAAACUGUAUGAUAGUGUGAGGAACACCUGUUUUAUACAUAUUUGGUUAUCUUGAAAUUAUUAAUCAUGUGUUCAGUCCUUAAUCAUGGGUGUGUGUAUGAGAGGAAUUUGAGCCCAUGUGUGCACAAACUUACAGGGACCAAGAGGUGGACUGUAGUUGUUCUUGCUUUCAUCUGCCCAGUGUUUUUCCCUUAUUUUAAGAAUACCUGCCUUCCCACUCUCGGUGUGGACAAUUGAGGCAAUUGAGUCAUUUAACCAUGGGGGCUCUGUACAUCUCUACAUGGCUUCUAUGACUGACAGAGUUAAACACAUAUUUGUGUCAGACCAACCUGUACUGAUGUCUUAGAAAAUUAAAACAGAAGAGACAGAGAUCAUGGGGGUUUGCCUUGAGUUAUGUUUUGCCUGCAAGUUGAAUUGAGGUUCAUGGUUCUCUGCUGAUACACUUGCUUCAAUUCUUCCAUUUUUGAAAUACCUGGCUGGUUUAACUGCUACUUCAAUUUACUGAGCAUCCCACUAAACAUCUAUCUAUGUUAGACCAAUCUGGACUGAUAUAUUGUAAAAUUAAGUUAAAAUGGGCAGAAACUAUAGGGGUUUGGCUUGAGUUAUAUUUUGUCUGCAACUUGAAUUGAGUGCCAUGAUUCUUUGCCCACUGUGCUUGUGCCAUUUUCUCUUUUUUUGAAAUACCUGAAUAUUUUAACUGUUACUUCAAUUUGGUUAUCUUUCAAUAAAUUUUCAUUUUGCCUCAAUUUGACUGAGUCAGUUACUGUUGUUUGUUACCAUAUAUACCUUAAUUGAUGCACAU